UUGACUUCUCUUCAAAAUAAAUAAACUCCAAAAUCGCAUUUUCAAAAUCGUGGGUCAGGCUCCGAAUUCCCCCUGCUUCCCGCCCUCACCAAAUCGCCAAAACACAAAACCUUUUUUUUUUUUCUUCAAAACCCUUACUUUUUUUAAAAAUUUAUUUUCUCUUCAUUUUCAUAUUCUGAUCAACAGAUUUAAGCUGAAUUGGGGACAAUGAACGGAGAUAAUUUUACGGACUCGAAACCCAAAGUUCGUCCGAUUUUGGGUGACAUUACAAAUCGAUCAGUUAAAAGAGGGUUUUCGUCGAUUUCAAAAGUUAGGGUUUAAUUCUAAAGAAGAAGCAGAUACCCACUUUACAAAACAAGUUUGUUUAGGUGUACAAAAUUUGAUCAAAAAGAAAUCUAAAAGACCCCAAUUUGAACCAAACCCUCAUUUUUUGCCUACUUGUAGUGGGGAAAUUGAUACAUUAAAGGAGGAUUUGGUGUCGGUUAAUGACAAAGUUAGUGAGGUUAAAGAAGGGUUUGAUUUGUCUGAUAGUGAUGAUACGUUAGAGCAAGGUGAAGGUGUUAUGGAAGUCGGGGAUACAUUGAAUGAUAGUAGUUGGAAUGAGGGUAUGGAUCUGGGCGUUGGUAGAUUGGCUUCGAGUAAAGGUGGGUGUAUUGAGUGGUCGAAGUUGCCUAAAGCGUCCUCACAGAGUUCUAGGUCAUUUGAGUUGGAGAGGUGUGUGGGACUUAAGAAUGAUGGUUGUGAGAAUUUGAAUGCCAGUGUUGAUAUGCUCAAAGCUUGCUCUUGUUCUUUUUGCUUGAAAGCUGCUUACAUUUGGUCGGACCUUCAUUACCAGGAUAUCAAGGGUCGAAUAGCUGUUUUGAAGAAAAGUCAGAAAGAAGCAAGCAUUUUAGUUCAGAAAAGUGGCAGGGGGAAGCAGACUGACAUACAUAGCCAGGGAAAUUUCAAUAAAUCUUCAAAAUUAGAAUCUGACCUCAUGAGUCAGUGGAGAUCACUCUUUCUUAACAUGGAGGACAUAUUUGUUCAUGAAAGCAACCGGCUUCAAGCCGGUUACACUGCACUAAAAGAUUUGAGGGAGAAUUGCAAGAUGGAUCUGGAGCGAAUAACAGGGAUGCCUUCAGAGAAAUAGGAGCGUUCUUGCGAUGCUUCUUCUGAUUCUACAGGGUGGUCCAGAAGUACCUGUAAGCAGAUGGAGACUUCCAUUUCCAUUCGACACAACCAUGCAUGCUAUUUGAGCCCAAGGUUUGUAAAAAGAUGAGUGUUGUUUGGUACAUGCAUGGCCUACAACAAGAAGAUGAUCUGACAUGCUAUGCUGCAGAAUUGAGAUCGGGUAUUAUUGUGAAGGAUAAAGCUUUGACCACUCAAAAAUCUUACUCUUCAUACCUACUUUUUUCGAGUCCUUGGUCAUCAUGCAUUCAGUGGUUGAAAUUUUUAAGCUUUGACAGUGAAUCCCAAAGGCAUGACACAAGACAGACAUCCAUGAAUUAAUCCUUUUUUUUUUUUUAGAUGUUUAGCCAAAUUAUGCAGUAUUAACUAUCAAGUAGCAAAUAAUUUUAUGUUUUUUUAGGGGAUUUGAACCUUAGCACAAAACUAAGAAA